GGCCCGUGUGAACAAAAUCUGUACACCACCGGAGUGAUGAAGUUUACGUUUAAGAAGUACGUUCGAGUCACGGUACCAUAGAAAAAACAUCUGCUCAAUACAGCAGAAGUUAAGACUGGAAUCCAAAUGAUUGAGUAGCUUCCAAGUGAUUGAGUGAUGUAAUAAGAACAAUAUUUUACUGUACUCUUCGUAAGUCAACCCAUAGAAAAAGCCUCCGAUUUUCUAACCACCUACUCCCGCAGCACAAGAUCCCGUGCUUUAAAUGAUACUUUUGAUAAUCUUAUCACAAACAAAAAUGCAAUCUCGUGUAAAUAAAUUCAACCCUGGCACACGCCAGCCACGCAAAAGGGGUAAGGCAAGUUUAACGGUGGCGUGUCAUCCGUAACAAACUCACCGAAACCGAUUGUACUCGUUCCGAAAUGGGGCAGAUCUUGGGUCUUAUCGGACGCAUGCCGGCGUCAUGCAAACGAAUGUUAAAAAAGGAAAGCAAAACUGUAUACCCACAAUCACAAUCAGCUCCAUGCUAUGCCACUCUGGCUUGAAGUGUUUUCAAGAACGUUUGGAGUAUAAAAUGAGACUGCGAAUGAUCAGCAAUCUUUCAGUCGUUCAGUGGUAAUUGAGUCGUGCAAAUAGGUCCACGAUGACCUUCGAGGACUUUUGUGGUGGUCCGUUCUGGGACGAGGAGUUCGUGUGGGACAUAGACAAUCCCAACCUGACGUUCUGUUUCCAGCGCGUCAUCCUGCAAUGGGUACCGUGUUUAUUUUUGUUCGUGUUCUCCGUCUACGAUAUCUUGAAAAUUACCGAAAGUCGUUAUCGAGACAUACCAUGGAACUGGUACAAUCUCUCCAAGAUGUUAGUGAUAUUCCUGCUCAUGUGUAUGUCCUGGAUCGAUCUGGGCAUGGUAGUGAGCUAUCAAGAUGAGCAGGGCUUAUACGAUGUGCAGAUCCUGACGGCCGUGUUCAAUGCAUUGACUUAUAUUGAUUUGAUUGUGUUGCUGUUCUUCAUGCGUAAGUACGGCAUUCGCACAUCCGGUACGAUGUUCAUGUUCUGGUUCCUGCGAAUGUUCUUCGGCAUCAUUCAGCUCCGUACGGAGGUGAUGGAUAACGAUAAACGACCGAACGCGAUCGGAUCCGGUGACACGGUGGAUUUUUGGGAAUAUCAAUACGUCAGUUACAUCAUCCAGUACUCCUUCAUCUGUUUGAUGCUCGUGCUGGAGCUGUUCCCCGAUAAGACACCUUCAUUCAGCUACUACCCGAAAGACCCCAAACCAAACCCCGAACUACGGUCAAGCUUUUUCAGUAAGCUGUUGUUCCUGCAUUUUGAUGCGUUCGCUUGGAAAGGUUUUCGGAAACCGCUCACCGUGGACGACAUGUACGACAUUAAUCCACAAGAUGCAUCUCGUGAGUUAGUGCCUCCGUUUGACAAGUACUGGAAGAUAAGCGUAGAGAAAGGUCGCAAACAGCAGAUGGCUAGCGAUCGGAAGGCGGGUAAGCCCGACAUUCAAUACAAACCACACUCACCCUCAAACGGAUCUGUUUUGUACGCGAUGGUUCGUGCAUACGGUGGUCCGUUUUGGUUCGCAGGAAUGUUGCAGCUGGCAAUAUCGGGCCUUCAGUUCGGAUCGCCUUAUCUUUUGCGAGAGCUGAUGGCUGUUAUCGCAUUAGAUGAACCGCUCUGGAAGGGGUUUUUGUUGACUUUUGGAUUAUUUGGCGCAUCUCUGCUACUGGGGCUGUUCAAUGGCCAGUACCUUUACUACACCUUUCUGUGUGGAUUCCGCAUCCGCACCGGGCUGAUAAGUGCGAUCUAUCGAAAGGCCCUACGAAUUUCUAGCGCGGCCAAGAAAGACACUACCGUUGGUGAGAUCGUCAAUCUAAUGGCCGUAGAUGCGCAGAAGUUUUUUGAAUUAACCUCCUACUUGCACGUCUUAUGGUCAGCCCUGUUAAUAAUAGGAUUGUGUUUGUUUUUGCUGUAUGACAUUCUUGGACCCGCCGUGUUUGCCGGGUUGGGUGUAAUGAUAUUGAUGACUCCUGUAUCAGGUGUGGUAGCUGCGAAGCUCAAAACCCAUCAAGUGGCUCAAAUGAAGCUGAAAGAUGAGCGUGUGAAGAAGAUGAACGAAAUUCUCGGCGGUAUCAAAGUGCUGAAGCUGUACGCAUGGGAACCAAGCUUCCAGGAUUCUAUUUUGAAAGUUCGCAAAGACGAAAUUGGAAUUCUGAAGCGUAUGGCGUACUAUGGGGCGGGAAUAUUUUUCACCUUUACUAUUGCACCAUUCCUGGUCACUCUCGUAUCAUUCGCUGUAUACGUGCUGAUAGAUGAAAACAAUGUACUCGAUCCGCAAACUGCAUUUGUGUCGCUGGCCCUGUUCAACAUAAUGAGGUUUCCUCUCGGAAUGUUUCCCAUGGUGGUGACGUUCUCCAUGCAAGCUUGGGUAUCCAUUAAACGCAUUGAUAAGUUCCUAAACAGUGCUGAACUGAACCCAGACAAUGUGACACACAACAAGAGCGAUGAAGCACUCACUAUUAAGGAUGGAACAUUUUCCUGGGGAGACGAGACACCCACAUUGAAGAACAUCAAUCUCUCGUUGCGAAAGGGACAACUGUCAGCGAUCGUUGGUACGGUCGGAACUGGUAAGAGCUCCCUGAUAUCGGCACUGCUUGGCGAGAUGGAAAAGAUCAGUGGUCAGGUGAAUACGGAUGGUUCGAUCGCUUACGUCCCACAACAAGCCUGGAUCCAGAAUGCCACUCUGCGUGACAACAUCCUCUUCGGUAAACCAUUCGACCAGGCAAAAUACGAUAAAGUGAUUGACUGUUGCGCCCUGAGGCCCGAUCUGGAGAUGCUUCCCGGUGGAGAUACGACGGAGAUCGGUGAGAAGGGCAUCAAUCUUUCGGGAGGACAAAAGCAACGUGUUGCACUGGCUCGUGCUGUGUAUGCCGAUGCUGAGGUUUAUCUGUUUGACGAUCCGUUAAGUGCUGUGGACGCUCAUGUAGGAAAGCACAUCUUCGAGCAGGUGAUUGGACCAUCGGGAAUCCUUGUGGGCAAGUCCCGUCUGUUAGUCACACACGGCAUAUCGUUCCUUCCAUUUGUGGAGAACAUCUCCGUCGUGAAGGAUGGCGAGAUAUCGGAAAGUGGGACUUACCAACAACUUAUAGACCAAAAAGGUGCCUUUGCGGAGUUCCUAAACCAACACAUUCAGGAGCUCGACGAUGAAGACGAAGGUAAGUUAAGCGUACCUUUUCAUGUUUUACUCGAUAAAUCUCUUUACAAUUGGUUUGAUUUUUUUUCUUCAGAAAUAUCAUUAAUACAGGAAACGCUUAACGACGAUGUUGCUUCUAAUGUUAUCCAACGUGCCUUGUCUGUUCGCUCGAACCACUCAAACGACAGCAACGGCAGUACACGUAAAAAACCCGUCAGUCGUCAAGUGUCCAAGCAAAGUUUGCAUAGCAAGGAGAACACAACCAUCCCAACCAGAGCGAAUUUGAUUGGUGUGGAAGAAUCAGCGACCGGUGCUGUUACCUGGCUAGUGUACAAGAAGUAUAUUAAAUCGAUCGGCUUUCAAUUCGGCGUUGGAUCCGUUUUGUUAACUGCGAUCAAUCAAGGAAGUGGUAUCUUCUCCAACAUAUGGCUCACCGAUUGGUCCGAAGAUCCGGAAGCAUCAACAGAUACAUCGGUACGGGACAUGUAUCUCGGUGUAUAUGGUGCACUAGGAGGAGCGCAAUCAAUCGCACUGUUCCUGGCCGCACUGCUCAUCUCACUAGGCUGUCUAAAAGCAGCUAAAGAGUCUCACGAUAAGAUGCUGGAGAGUUCUCUACGCAUGCCGAUGUCUUUCUUCGACACAACACCAUUGGGACGUAUAAUAAACCGGUUUUCCAAAGACGUUGACGUAGUGGACAAUGUGCUUCCGGUUACGAUAAGAGCCUGGCUGCUGUUUCUGUUCAAUGUUAUCGGUGUGUUCAUUGUGAUUGCUAUCUCUACUCCGAUCUUUCUCGCUGUAGUUCCACCAUUGAUGGUGAUCUACUACUUCGUGCAACGGUUCUACAUCGACACUUCGCGCCAGCUUAAGCGACUAGAAUCCGUCACUAGGAGUCCGAUCUACUCCCAUUUUGGUGAAAGUAUCGGCGGACAAUCCACCAUACGGGCUUACGGACAACAGAAUCGUUUUACACAAGAGUCAGAGCGACGAGUAGACUAUAACCAGCUUGUUUCAUAUCCAACUAUUGUUGCUAAUCGAUGGCUUAGCGUACGGUUGGAGUUGAUCGGGAGCUUCGUAGUCCUGUUUGCCGCUCUGUUCGCCAUCUUGGCUCGAGACAGCAUCGGACAGGCCACAGUUGGACUCUCCAUCAGUUAUGCGUUACAGGUAUCUCAUCAACUCAGCUUUCUCGUACGUAUGACUUCGGAAGUCGAGACGAAUAUCGUAGCUGUGGAACGAUUGGAGGAAUACACCGUACUUCCGCGGGAAGCCGAAUGGAAGAAGGGAACUGUGGACAAAGCAUGGCCUGCAGAAGGAAAGGUCGAAUUCAAGGACUAUCAGAUCCGUUACCGCGAGGGUCUUGAUCUGGUCAUUCGAGGUAUCUCGCUCAACGUUCGUGGAGGAGAAAAGAUCGGUAUUGUUGGUCGUACCGGAGCCGGAAAGUCCAGUUUGACACUUGGCCUCUUCAGAAUUGUCGAGGCGGCCGGUGGUCAAAUCGUCAUCGACGGACUUGACAUCUCCCAAAUGGGACUUCACCAGUUGCGUGGACGGUUGACCAUCAUUCCACAAGAUCCGGUUCUGUUCUCUGGUACUCUGAGAGCCAACGUGGAUCCCUUCAAGAGUUACAGCGAUGAUCAAGUAUGGAAGGCUCUCGAGUUGUCCCAUUUGAAGACGUUUGUGAAGGGACUAGCCGCCGGACUGGAUCAUGAGAUCGCCGAGAACGGAGAGAACCUUUCGGUAGGACAACGACAGCUGAUCUGUUUGGCACGUGCUGUACUGCGAAAGACGAAGGUGUUGAUUUUGGAUGAAGCGACGGCGGCAGUAGAUCUCGAGACGGAUGAUUUGAUUCAGAAAACAAUCCGUACGGAGUUCGCCGACUGUACAAUUCUCACCAUCGCUCAUCGAUUGAACACGAUUCUCGACUCGGAUCGUGUCCUGGUACUCGACAAGGGUUUGGUAGCCGAGUGUGACUCACCACAGAGUCUGCUAGCGAACAGAGAAUCCAUAUUCUUUGGCAUGGCGAAGAAUGCCGGAAUCGUGACCUAAGCUACUUGUAAGACACACAACAUGGUAUUAUAGCGAUUUCUUUUACAGAUUAUUUUCAAUAUCAUAAAUGUAUUAUAGUUAAAUUGUA